GUGUAUGUGUGUGUGUGUGUGUGCUAGUGUGUUGUGGAAUUCCAAGCGGUCCUCGCGCUCGCGCGCGCGCCGCCGCCCGCGCCGGUCAAUCUGUCAUGUUCGCGCGCUUUACUGCAGUAGGAUGGUGUUUGCUCCGGGGGCUGCAUCAGCAAGCAGCAAGGAGUUCGCGCGCACGCUCAUCAUCUCCCACAUCUCCCAUCUUUGUCAAGCGACUUCCUCAGCACCCCCUGCCCUGCCCUGCCUUGUCCUGCCCUGCCUUGUCCUGCCCUGCCUGCCGGCCUGCCAGCCUGUCUGUUGCUGCAGCACGCAAACAGGGCCCGCGCAGCAGCAGCAGCAACAACAACCUUCACGUGCAGUCUCACGCGCUACAGCAUGCUCCUACCUUAGACUGGCAGGUUUUCGGUCCCGAUCCAAAAUAAACACACCCAAGAUCCGUCCAGUCGGGACGGGCGAAGGCGUGCAACGGGUAGGCACAUGCGUCAGAAGAAAGAAACCAAAAAGAUAAAAAAUAAAAAUAAAAAAAGAAGAGAAGGGAAAAAGACGGGCCCAAGGUCCCGGCCCAGAGACACCACAGAUUUGGCGGCAAGGCCUACCAACGAAGGUCGUUCAGGCGUCCAGAGGCGAGACCCCACGUUUCGAUUCUCUCCGUCGUCGUCUCUCCUUUUUCGUUCCC